CCUGCCCCACCAUUAAGCAUAAAAACCAUUUUCCCCGUCCUGGUUGGAAGACGUUUCGUGAAGAAUGUCGCACCUCGUUUCCACCCGCCAACAUGUUCAAGACGAGUCGGUUUUAACAUUUUCAACUGCACCUGAAGACUGGUGGAGAGAGUCAGAGGCUGAGGAGCUGGGGGAGAGGAGGGGGAAGGAUAGCGAGACCCAGCUAGCGCUAACGCCAUGAGCCUGCUUACUACCAGCUAAACGCUAUUUGACGAGUGAGCUGCUACAGAUAAAACAGAAAUUUAAAUAUUUUUCUUCAUCUAAGAUGUGACACCACUAGCAUCCCGACGCCUGUGUCUAAAACGACAGAAAUGUGUGCCGGUAGCUAGCUAGGUUACCGUAAAACAAAAAGGGCAUCUCAGUCCUGGACCGAGAUCCCUGUUCAUAAUCUUCGGAUGAGAGUUUCUGUGUAAACGUCGGUGAACCAGUGCGGUAAAGGCUCUCUGUGCUCGGCUGAACCGAUCAGGUUCUGGUUACAGUGAAAACAAGCGGGGGACCAGCGAACCGUCAAAAUGAAAUUCACAGAGCAUCUCUCGGCUCACAUCACCCCGGAGUGGAGGAAGCAGUACAUCCAGUACGAGGCUUUCAAAGAGAUGCUGUAUGCUGCUCAGGACCAGGCUCCAUCCAUUGAAGUCACAGAUGAGGAUACAGUCAAGAGGUACUAUGCCAAGUUUGAAGAGAAGUUCUUCCAGAUGUGUGAAAAAGAACUGGCCAAGAUCAACACCUUCUACUCUGAGAAGCUGGCUGAGGCUCAGCGGCGAUUCGCCACGCUGCAGAAUGAGCUGCAGUCCUCGCUGGAUGCCCAGAGAGAGAGCUCCGCCAACAGCCGGGGCCUGAGGAGGAGGAAGACGGUGUUCGCCCUGUCACAGCAGGAGCGCUGCAAACACAGAAACAUAAAGGACCUGCAGCUGGCCUUCUCAGAGUUCUACCUCAGCCUCAUACUGCUGCAGAACUAUCAGAACCUGAACUUCACAGGUUUCAGGAAGAUCCUGAAGAAGCAUGAUAAGAUUUUGGAGACGUCGAGGGGAGCUGACUGGAGGGUGGCCCAUGUCGAAGUGGCUCCAUUUUACACAUGCAAGAAAAUCACACAGCUCAUCUCAGAGACUGAGGCACUGGUCACAGCAGAGUUGGAAGGUGGUGACAGGCAGAAGGCCAUGAAGAGACUGAGGGUGCCUCCCCUGGGAGCUGCACAGCCUGCUCCUGCUUGGACCACCUUUAGAGUUGGACUUUACUGUGGAGUACUCCUUGUCUUAUUAGUUACUGUGGUCAUUACAGGAAUUGUGGUGAUUCGUAAGGAUGAUGUUUGGCCCAUGGUCCGGAUCUACAGAGGAGGCUUCCUGUUAAUAGAAUUCCUCUUCCUGUUAGGCAUCAACACCUACGGCUGGAGGCAGGCAGGAGUUAACCACGUACUCAUAUUUGAACUUAACCCCAGAAACAACCUGUCCCACCAGCAUCUGUUUGAGAUUGCAGGUCUGUUGGGGGUGCUGUGGUGCGUCAGCCUGCUGGCCUGUCUCUUCAGUGACAGCAUCUUUGUGCCAAUGCAGGUGAACCCUCUGGCUCUCUACGGCUUCUUCCUCCUCUUCCUCAUAAACCCCUUCAAGACCUGCUACUACAAGUCACGCUUCUGGCUGCUCAAACUCCUGUUUCGUGUGGUGACAGCCCCAUUUCAUCGUGUAGGCUUUGCAGACUUCUGGCUGGCUGACCAGCUCAACUCCCUGGUGGUGGUUCUGAUGGAUCUGGAGUACAUGAUCUGUUUUUACAGUUUUGAACUGGACUGGAACAGCCGUCAUGGACUCCUCAGAAGUAAAGGUAAAGACGUGUGUAAUUCCUACUCCUACGGUGUCCGUGCAGUGAUCCAGUGUCUUCCUGCGUGGUUCCGAUUCAUCCAGUGUCUGCGACGUUACCGUGACACCAAACGGGCCUUCCCUCACCUGGUUAACGCUGGGAAAUACUCCACUUCCUUUUUUGUCGUCACCUUCAGUGCCCUCUACAGCACACAUAAAGAUGAAGCCCACGGUGACGCCCAGAUCUUCUUCUACUUGUAUAUCUGCUGUUUAGUGGUUAGCUCUUGUUAUACUCUGGUCUGGGAUCUGAAGAUGGACUGGGGUCUGUUUGACCGCAAUGCAGGAGAGAAUACCUUUCUGAGAGAGGAGAUAGUCUACCCACAGAAGGCCUACUACUACAGUGCCAUAGUGGAGGAUGUGCUGUUGCGUUUUUCAUGGACUUUAACGGUCUCCCUCAGCACAGUCUCUGAGUUUAAUAACAUCUCUGACAUACUGGCUACUGUGCUGGCCCCAAUGGAGGUCUUUAGGCGUUUUGUGUGGAACUUCUUCCGAUUGGAGAACGAACAUCUGAAUAACUGUGGUGAGUUUAGGGCCGUCAGAGACAUCAGUGUUGCUCCGCUCAACGCUGAUGACCAGACCCUGCUGGAGCAGAUGAUGGACCAAGAGGAUGGGGUGAGGAACCGACAGGGCAAGAAGAGCUGGAAGAGGAGCUACAGCAUGAGUCUACGCAGGCCACGACUCGCCUCACAGUCCAAAACCCGUGACAUCAAGGUUUUGAUAGAGGACACCGAUGAUGACUCCUGACAUCAGGCCACACCCCUCGCUUGGGUCCAGAAUUUAUUCAAAGGAGGAAACUCCACUUCCUAAUUAAGAAAUUACCCAGCGAGUUGGGUGUUGAACUCUCAACCAAGGAAGAGUUUUAAACUCUCAUGCCUGCAUAAUCCUCUUUCAGUGCAUGAGCCUAUGCUUGGGUUCAGAACUAAUUCAAGAGAAGAACUUGAACAGACUUGAACAAACGACCAGGUUGUUCUCCUACUCCUACCUUCAAUAGUAAUGAAGGUAGGCUUAUCACAUAAACUCUACCUACCCAAACAGUGGGUGAAAAAUGUCUCUCCCUGCCAUCUAUGACCACACAGACGUGGGCACUUGAACUACACCCAGUCUUCAGCCAUUGUCUGGGGUCUGGCCCUGACAGGACGUGUCUCUGCUCAGUGCCCCACAACUCCCACACAGGGAGAGGCGGAUGGCUUGAAGCCUAUUGCUGUUGAGGACCAAAGGGUUAUAUCUCCACCCUUAGCUAUUAGUUUUCUGUUACAAUCCCAGCAUCCAGGUAACGCUUUGAGAAAGGUCUUGAAUAAGUAAUGUAUCCACGCAUCAAGAGAUUUCAAGGCAACCUGGCAUUUGGAGCUGAAUCCCCUGUUUUUCCAAAAAGAACCAAAUGGCAUAAACUGUGUCCUCCUCCUCCUCUUUGUCAACCUUUAUAGGCCGUGUGGUCUUCUAACCCUUGGUGUUUACUGGCCAAGAGAUGACGCCAGCGAACAUUUAGUACCACCAAUCAGUCACUGGCUUGACUUCCCUUAAGCUUGUCCCAUGAAAUCAUCACAGAGCUGCCUACCUGCACCUCACACACUUUAGAAACAUGCACACACAAGAGUGAAUUAGAAUGCUUAGUGUGUAUUCACACAUACAUAGUGAUUUUUGAAUAUUGUUUAUGAACAUUCAACACUUAUUAUUUUUGAGACCUUGGGAAACCAUACAAAACACAUAGACAAUAGAUCAUUUGUAACUGAUGUUGUAAAUACGAUGGACCAAAGUCGGAGGUGGUGUGAAAAUAUUCAGAAAACAUUAAGUACUCCAUAAAAAUUAAAAAGUGGUAUUUUGAGUUCAGACCGUUUUAGAACAGCAGCUGGAUUGAGCUGAGCUACAGAGCUGAGAAGGUAUUUUAAUUUGUUUCCGUAAAAAGAUGAUCAUCUUAACCGUCCUCCAGUACUCCCAGUCACCCUGUGUAGAUAAACUGUCCUUCAUUGGGAAAGUUAAAACAUUUUUCCUGAAUCUAUGUCAACUUCUUUAUGUAUGUUUGAUGUCAACCCAUUUAAGAUGGUCAAGUUUUAAGACUUUAAAAUAUCUGAGUAAGUGAGGAAUUUUGAUUUUGUUCCCUUAGAUCUUGAUAGAAAACCUGAAGACUGUUGAAAACUGUUAAAUUGUGAAACAGUAAUAGUCAUCCAUGAAACUGGUUCCUGAUGAUGAUGAAAACGGGGGAGGUCGCUUGUCUGUCACAUACUGGUUCACACUGUCAUGAUCAAAAGAAUGUUGUGGUUAAACCCAAAUGAAGUGGCUCUUAUGGCUGGUUCUGUGGUGAUGCUUCAAUGUGAGUGAACCUAUUUGGCUGUGUUUACACUCCUGAGAUACAUGCUGUCUUAACUCAGGUUCCAUAAACACUUCAGUUUGGAUUUAACACUUUAAUGGCUGGUCUGACCUUUCUGAUUUGACACAGCCUCAGUCAGCAGCAGGAUACACACAAUCACCAUGACAUCAUCUGUAUAUCAUGUCAACACAGAAGGCACCAAUGUCAAAGUGUGUUGUCAAAUCAGAGCCACAGGGUUAAAUCGUCUUUUGUUGUUCAGUAAAAGCAGGUAGCUGUGGUCACACUGGAGAAAAUGUUUUUCUAAAUAUUUCCACCAGAGUGAAAAAUGGUAGUUUUGUUGCUUUCUUUUCACAUUCCUAAAGUGCUUGACUCAAAUACAGUGUUGCUGGUUGAUCCAACAUCAGCUCGUGCUAUGGUCUUAAGUGAGCCAUCCGUAAAUGGCAUUUAGUUGAGGAAGUUUUGUUUAGGUUUUCUUUUCUGUUUUUUUUUUUAACUUUUUGCUUUUAUUAAUUAGCCAUUUGCAAACCAUUUUGUAUUCAUCCUCAUGAGCUUAUUAAGGCCUGUGGUUGCAAUAUGGAAUGAUUGACUUCUUCAGGAAGCCCCGACUGAGGUCAGUCAUAGGUCAGCAAUAAGAGUUUAUAAUAAGGUUUAUUUGCACUUUAAUACCAAGAUUCAUUUUCCUUUGUUUGUUUUCCUUCUCAUCUGACAAGAGCUCACAGAAUAUUACAUCUGAUGAUCUUGUUGGUUUCAUGUGCCUCUGUCCAGUUACUUUUAAACGGUGAUAUCUCCCACCCAGGUAUUUCUGUAGUCUACUGAUGUAAAUCGACUCAAAUUACAGCUGAGACUUGGUACUUUAGUGUUUGUUGUUUUACUUCAAACUGAAUAUGCUGAAGAAUAAAAAUGUAUAAUUCUCAUUCAACAUUAUAUAAACUAUUGUAGCAAUAUUUGAUAGGUCUAGAGAAGUUACUCCAUUUUAAUGGAGUGCAAAUAGGCAGUCACCCCAGAGGUAACAGUUUUGAUGUUUUCCAGGUUCUCUACAUUGCUUUUUGUUGCACUGCUGGAGCUCAGGGUUCCUCUGUAUUUUACACCCCUGCACAUACAUGCAUAACCUCAUACAGCCUGGAAAUAAGUGCACCAGAAUUGCCCUCCUGUUUGUGUGUACAUUGACCUUGUGAUUAAAAGAUCUGCAGUGGCUUCAGGUAGUAUUUAGACCCUUUACUUUUUGCAUACUUGAUUUAAUUUUGAUUGGAUGAAAUUACCACUAUUGUCCAUUGGUCUACACUUGAUAACAAAUAACCACAAAGUACAAACAGGUUUUUAAAAAUCAUCUAAAGUUUUUGACAAAUCAAAAACUGAAACAUCUCAGUAUUCAGAGCCCUUACCAUGGCACCCCAAAGUGAAGCCACAGUAUAUUGUUUAAUCACAAAACAUCUGUUAUCACGCUUCGAAAUGAGGGCGCUGCCUUUGCUUCUUUCUGUCUUCUUGCAGUAGACACAAUCAUUCCAUCCAAAGAAAACUGUUUAGUUUUCUGCUUCUAAAUGCAGAGCAUUUCUUCAGGACUAUUAUUUUCAGUUUCCUCAGGUUUUCAUGUUUCAUGUUGAGACGGGUUCUAGAAGAACUUUGAGUAUUAUAAAGCCAUAGUGACAGAGAUGAGAUGAGAAGAUUUGACCUCAGGACACUGUGAUCACAUUUGAACCUAGCCUGCUAAUUCACAAGCAGCACAUAGCUACUUGACCCCCACCCCCAAGUUUACAUACCGUUUUUGACAAUCCUUCUUUAAUGAAUGUACCAUUGGGAACCUUAUUCCACGAAUGUAUUUGUUUCUCACAUGAAUACACCCAGAGUUGUUCUUCAGCUUAGCUAAGGAAAACUAUAAAUGUGCAUCCAAAUCCAGUGUGUUAUUUAAUUUUGUGGGAUCAAUGCAAUGCCAAAGAAGGUGAUAUCUCAGCAACUAUGUUAUUUUAACCACAACCAAGCUGAGUGAUCUUAGAUGUUAAGCUAGAUGCAUCGCUCUAACAUUUCAGCUCUGGGCAGGCUGAAUACGCUCUGAUGGAAGCGGACCAGUUUUCACUGGGGUGGUGGUAACAAACCAUACCAUUUCAGUUAACAAUGUGAUUUCAUUUUCUGCAUUCCUGAUGAUGCCUCACGCUCCCAUUACGCAUGAGCACCACAUUCUUAUAAAAGAUGUUUAAGGUUGUGACAGACAUGUGACACCCCCCCUUUCCCAGCUGUCAGUCAGAUGAAAUCCACCAUUAGAGGGCAGGCCUGAGUACCAGGCUGGGGCUUUGGUAUUAACGGAAAUGUCUCUGAUUUCAAUCUAAAUUAAGCAAAGUUUUGAAUAUUUUAUUCAGACAGUUCUGGGAAAACUGUUGUGUUUACACAACAUUUAACACUUGAAAAGCUUGGCUUCUUUUGUCAAAUAAAAAGAGGUCUGUGAAGAAACCGUGGUCACGUUUCACUGAGUGAGCUACCAGAGCUACAGAUACUCAGCCCUUGUCAAGAGUGGUGGAGUCUGCUGGUCCAAACAGAAGUUCUUUCAGAGUGUCUUAGAAAAGAUUAAAUACACAUUAUCUCUUUUUUUUUUUCUUCAAUAAGCCAACAUUUUACAGUGUCAUCUGUUGCUUCACACGGGGGCCUCAUCCAAGAACAUUUUCCUUGUCAUGAGUUGAUUGACUGAACUACAGUAUGCUAGGAAUCCACUCAGGUCAUUGCAUUAAGUUCAUAAAGAAACAUAGGGUACAUCCCAAAUCUCUUGCUGUAUAAGCACCAACACAGCCUCCCCGCUUCUCAGAGCGGACAUGAGAGUUUUGGGACUUUCUCGAUCCUGGCUUGACCCGGAUGUUGUUCUAGUCAAGUGAGGACCAAGGCACAAUCAUAUAAGAGACUUGAGAUACAGCCAUGGUCAACAUACUAGCAGACUUUCCAGCAUUCAGUUGAAACUUUCCAAAAACCUCUUUUGAAAUUUGAAGAGAAAGAACAUUUAGUGGAAAGUUGAUGUGUCUAUUUAAUACUUGUUAAGAUAAUCCUGGUUGUCAUUUCAUAAUAAAAAAUAAAUUGAACCCCACUGAAGGUUGAUUUC